CUCAUACUUCCUUUCUUAUAUACUGUGCAAGGAAACUUACUCGCGACUGGCUUUUUGUUGGAGGAACGCCUUCUUGUCACAAAGAUUACAGCCUAGAGGAACAUGGCUCAGCGCGGCCUGUGGAUCUUGCUCCUUUGCCUGCAAACCUGUCUGGAAGCAGCCAGAGGUGACACAGACAUCCUCACGGUCAUUGGGACUCUGGGGGAGUCGGUUACUUUUCCCUUAAAUAUCCAAGAAUCACAGCAAGUCAUCAACAUUGUUUGGAACUCUGAAACGUCCGUUGCUUUUGUAACACCGGGAGACUCAGAAACAGCACCCAAAGUGACUGUGACCCACCAAAAUUACAACGACCGAAUAAAUGUCUCACGUCAGAACUACAACCUGGAGAUCAGCAAUCUGAGGAUGGAAGACUCAGGCAUCUACAAAGCCGACAUAAAUACAAAGAUCCUUGAAGGGAUGGUCACCACCACCAGGCGCUACAACCUUCAAGUCUUCCGUCGGCUUGGGAAGCCAAAAAUUACGCAGAGUUCAAUGACGUCUAUCAACAGCACCUGUAAUGUCACACUGACGUGCUCCGUGGAGAAAGAAGAAGAGAACGUAACAUACAGCUGGAGUCCCCUGGGGGAGGAGGGUAACGCAAUACGGAUCUUCCAGACGCCCGACAGCCAGAGGCUGACGUACACGUGUACAGCCUGGAACCCCGUGAGCAACAGCUCUGACUCCAUCUCUGGCCUGCAGCUCUGCGCAGACGCCGCGACAGGCCCCCGAUCUCGCCACACCGGGCUGCUGAGCGGGCUGGUCAUGCUCUCUCUGUUUAUCUUUGUUGUGCCUUCAUUCCUUUUGUUCCUGAUGUGCAGAAGAGGACAAGGUUCCUACUUGAAGAACUUCAGUAAGAACUCCGAUGCCAUCUCAAGGAAGACCAUCUACACGUACGUCAUGGUUACAAGAGAUGCCCCGCCAGCAGACGGCAGAAUCUAUGACGAGAUCCCCCACUCCAAGACGGGGGGGAUGGGUGUUUUACAGGAGCUCCCUGCCGGGGAGGAGCCAGUGAGUAGGAUUUACUCCACACUGCAGACUGACAAGGUGGGGAAAGCCAGCGCUCGGGACGCCAAACCUCCUGGGAUUUCAACCUACGAAAAUGUGAUCUAGGCCCCUGGCUCCUCCCCACGGAACCGGAGCAACCUCCAAACUAGCGGGUGCCCCGGACCCCGACUUCCCUGCGCAUAUCUCACCUGGAGAUUCAGGCCAUCACACCCCAGUAUGCGGCUUUUUGUGACUGGAGAAGAUGACCCUGCCCAGCAGCCCCCGAUGUAGAAAGGAUCGGUGCCUUGCACGUCUGGAGUGGGCCGUGGCUUUACCCCCCGGGCCGCUCUGCGAGGAGCCCUGGUGCGCGGCCGCCACAGUCCACGCAGCGCCUUGGACCAGUUAGACGAAAGCGCCCUUCCCCCGAGCAGGUGCAGCCCUGCCCACGCACGUGCUUGGCGAGUAGAGUGUGGGCUGCGUUUCAGCCUCUAUGUCCCUCUGCCCAGGAAGCUUUGUGCAUGGGACAGCUGGCCGGACCAGCCCAACCCUACAGGACGGCGUCUCCCGGGAAGCCACUGGAAGCGCGGCUCUCAGCUGUGCGGACGCGGCCUCCAAGUGGAGUGCGGGGAGAUGCUCCUCCUGUAGGGACUAGACUGCUCUGAAGUAGAGCCUCAUAAGACUUUUUUAUGGCCGUUUUUUUCAACUUGACUGGGCCACUCAUGGGGUGCCCAGAUAUUUGGUUAAACAUUAUUCUGGGGGGAAUCUGUGAGGAUGAGAUAACCGUUUGGAUUGGCAGACUGAUUCAGCACUCCAGUGUGGGCGCACCUCACCGAAUCCGGCAAGAGCCUGAGUAGAAGAAGAAGACGGCGUACAGGAGGAUCCAUUCUCUCUGCCUGACCACCCUAGAGCUGGAACAUCAGGUCUCCUGCCUUAGGACUUGGACUAGAACUUACGCCAUCAGCUCUCCUGCUGCAGACCUUGGGACUUCUCGGUCUUCGUGAGCACACAGGCCACAUCCUUGUUAGAGAUGUUCCCUGUUGCUUCCAUUUCUCUGCAGAACCAGACUAACACCUAUUCCAAGCAGCCUGAGCAAGGAGAAGAGACCAUACCCAGCACCCCAUUCACCAAAAGGAAUUGACCAUCUAGAUUUCUGACACUUUGGGGGGAACUGAGCACAACUCAACCAUCAAAACAAGAGACCUUGAAAGAAGCAGGUCAUUCUUCAGAGGGAACUUGGCAGAUACAUGAUGGUGUAGAUGAUGAAACUGGGUUGACCCUUGUUCCUAAGACUCAGUCCAGAGAGUCCUGGACUUUGCACUUUGGUUAGAUGCCCCUGCCCCUCCCGCCAGCGCUGAGGAGGAAUCACGCAGGCCUGAACAGAACAUUCAGGUGAUCCUAUGAAGAAUUGUUUCCCUCAUGUGUGGGCACCCAUAGCCAGCUAAAUCCUAAAUCCCCAUCAGCAAUCCCAUCCUGGGCAGUAGAAAUAAGCUGCAUGUAGCCAGAAGGAAGAUGUUAGUCCCAGCGAAUAGGUCCAUAGAACCUGACCUAUUAGCCCUGACCACCCUUAGUAGUGUUGGGGGCUGCAAGACCCCCAAAGUGUCAGAUGAGCACAAUAGCUGCCCUAUGCAAGACAAGCACAGACUCUAUACUUAAAUGCCGAACUACUUGCUGUGGGGAGUGCCAGGUGCUAGCAGUCAGGGACGGCUCCGUGAGGGAGGUGAGGCUGCAGCUGGGCUCCGGAGAAGGAUAGGAUUUGGCCAAGAGUGAAGAAGACAGAUCACAUCCAACUGAGGCAAGCACAAGAAGCAGAGACGUGGAUCUGUGGGAUGUUUUUGGGGCACCUCCCCGGAUGCACUGAGUGCGUUCACAGUCCCUUGCCUAUGCCCGCAGAGCGCCUCUGCUUCUGUGUGCGCCCCCACCCCGACCCUUCCCACACACUGCAAUGCUCAGAUCAAAUGUCACCUCCUCUGUGAAGCUUUCCCUGGUGUCACUGGCCAAACUAAUCAGGACUUCUUGCACUCCUUUUGGCCCCUUGCUCCUUAAUCACUGCGUCUCAUUUCUCUCUGCUUCAUAGCAUAGACCAUUAUUCGUUUCCUUCCACUCUGUACGCACCGAAGGGCAAGACCCAUGACUUCAUGACCAUAAAGAGUGAUCAUGAGAGACGAGAGUUUUAUUCAUCUGUGUAUCCACCACCAGCCAACCUCGUGCCUUGUACCCU